ACUACACACACAUGGGUCUAACCGUCUGAAGACUCGAGCCAGUCGAUCCCAAUAGAAGAGUCUGGAAAAUGGAAAUCCCUGUGUCUAGCAUAUGCUUUUCUUCGCAACCAAGGUUAUCACAUGCAGACGUUGGAGAGAUCUAGACUAUAUAUAUACAUAUUUGGUGGGCGUUGCGGUGGGUUGGCUUUGGAAAUCGAGAAAGAGUGAGAAAAGAUGAGUGAAAGAGGGAGAAAACUGCUGCCGCUGGCGCUUCACGUGGCGGGCGAGUAUUACAGGCUCCAGAGGAAACCUCCGGUCACCACCGCCCUUCUCGCUGCCAAUACUGUCAUUUAUUUGAGGCCUGCCUUUCUCCGCUCCAUCCUCCCUUCUAUCGACGAGGUCUGGUUCAAUCCCCACCUCAUCCUCAAGAACAGGGACCUGAAGCGUUUUUUCUUGUCGGCAUUCUACCAUGUGGGUGAAUCUCACUUAGUCUAUAACAUGUUGUCACUCCUAUGGAAGGGGAUCCAGUUGGAAACUUCAAUGGGGAGUACUGAAUUUGCCUCUAUGGUUGCUGCUCUUCUUGGUAUGUCCCAGGGAAUCACACUACUACUAGCAAAAUCCCUGCUCGUGUUCUUUGACUAUGAGGGACCUUACUACUCACAGUAUGCUGUCGGAUUUUCUGGCGUUCUCUUUGCCAUGAAAGUCGUUCUUAAUUCUCAGUCAGAAAACUACACUGAUGUGCAUGGAAUACUGAUUGUGCCAACACGUUAUGCUGCAUGGGCGGAGUUGAUUAUCAUCCAAACGUUUGUACCUAAUGUCUCCUUCCUCGGCCACCUAGGUGGAAUACUCGCCGGGCUUCUCUAUCUGCGGUUGAAAGGUACAUAUUCAGGUUCAGACCCGCUGACUCUACUCUUCAGAGGUCUUACUAGCGCAUUGAGCUGGCCGGUAAAGAUUGUCCAGAACUUGUUCCGGUCCCCUAGAAGGCGGAUUUCUGGUAGGGGAACUACUGGGGAGAGUCGCAGAAGAAGGUCUGUAUCUGACCGGUGGAGAUGCCAAGUAUGUACGUAUGACAAUUCUGGUGGGACAAGCAAUAUUUGUGGGAUGUGUGGGUCAGAUCGAAGCGACAAUGGAUUUUCUCCCCGUCAGUUGCGCCGAUCUCAUGACCUUCCUUUAGAAGAAUUACGUCGUCGGAGAAUCGAAAGAUUUGGGAGAUGAUAUCAGUCGAUUGAUUGAUUUAGUAUAUAAUCAAGGCCCUCCCUCUCCCUCCUGCAUAUCAAAGAUUCAAUUUAAGAAAGCAGAUAUAUCUACAGCCUUAAUUGAUCCCCCAUUAUAUUUCUUGAUUUGUAGCAGAUUAUAUAUGAAUUUUUAAGUUGGAAAUAAGGCCACCAAUUUA